AUGAGUGACAUUGCGAUCCGACGAGUGCUGUGCCAUGGCUCCAGAGUACUGCGCCAUACCAGAGCCAUGUUUUCUUCAUCAACCACCACCAGUUCUGCAGCAGCUACAUCGGUGGCUUCAACAACAUCACCACCAGACACAACAACAGCCACAAACAGUGCGGAUCUAAAAUCCUUCAUGGAUCUCCCAGGCCCGAAAGGCUGGCCUAUUGUUGGAUCCUUCCCGGAAUACUUUAAGAAAGAAAACCAGGGACAGAUGCACGAGAUGAUG